AUGGCGAAGAUGACAGAAGCCGAGAUCCUGGCCAAGAUGAAGGUUCUGGAGGACCGUAUCAGAGCCCCGUCCAUAUGGGGCCGCGUGCCGUGCGGCGUCCGGUUCGAAGAUCUCCAGGACAAAUACUACGAGGACGCUGUGAGGUUGUUGAAGAAACAUUACUUGUCCGAAGAACUGACGUACAGAUCGGUAAAAAUAAGCGAGGACAAAGAGGGCGUGGACGAGUUCGUGCACAACUUGCGUAUAUGGAUGAAGGACAAGAUGUCCAUCGCGGCGGUGAAGGAGGGCACCGAGAAACUCGUCGGCUGUCUCAUCAUGCGGAUACAGGAAAAAAAUGCAUUUUCCCGGACAUUCAGCCGCGUGAAGCUAACAUACAACCCGCUUUACAGCACCGUUAUGAAGUUUUACAACGAGGUUGAGAAGCCUGUAGAUUUAUUCGAAAAGCUUGGCGUUAAAAAAUAUCUGAAGGUGUACAUCAUGGCUUUGAAGCACAGAUACCGACAUAGAGGUAUAGGAGCCGAGCUGCUCAAAGCUACGUUCCCUUUAGCUGCCAGCGGCUUCAUACCAGCUGUAACGGGCAUUAUUUCAACCGGACACAUGCAGAAGGAGGCAGAAAAGCUGGGCUUUCAAAAAUUCAAUGAAAUAUAUUAUGUUAGGUAUCUUAUUGAUGAUGAGAUCUUGUUCUGGGACACGGGGCUCGGUAACUACGGCGCUGCCCUGAUGGGCUACCGUCUGCCGGACGUCGAGGAGAUACCCGAGCUGCAGACGGCGCGCUCUUCCAGAUUCCAAGUCAUCGAACCAACAGAAGAAGACGAUUCAUGA